GCUUUAUGUCCCGAUAAUAUUUUGUGUUGGCAGACCUGACAAGCAGAACGCGAUUCAUUACAUUACACAGUUGAGUGAGUGCUGAGUGACAUUUCAUUUUUUGUUUUUCUCACAGAAAGAAAUAAAUUAACUGCAAAAAUGAGUUUCGGUUAUUCGAGCAUAAAGGCAACGCCUGAGUGUAAUGAUAAAUUGGGCAGUGGCGAUAAUUAUGGAAUCCAGAGUCCCAUGGUUGCAGGUUUGGGGGCAACUAGAAAAACAUUUGGAUUCAAUCAUCCUCUGGAAGCAACAGAAAAAGUGUACAAUAAAAAUAAAGAACGAAUGGAAAUGACAAUGCUUCGAAAUGCUCAAGGUUUACAUGCACCAAUGCGAUUGGCAAUGGAAAUUAGAUCCUCAGAAAAAAUUGGUAGACUUCCAUUUUUACAAUCGUCAAUGGCAUUGAGAGAUUCACUCCUAGGAAGAGACAUCGAAAUUGGCUUUGAAGACAUUCUGAACUCCUCGGAAUUCAGAGAACAAAUGGGACAACCACAUGCAAUGGUAGAAAAAAGUCUUGGAAUUUUGUAAGACAAAUUCUUUUAUUUGUUUUCUUUUUUCUCCCACUCUCCUACUAUCAUUGUUUUUUUUAUAAUUAAAGGUAAGAUUAAAAAUUCUUAGUCGUUAAAAAAUAAUUCAUGUCAAUAAAUAAAUUAAACUUUC